AUGUUUGGAGGAUCGGCUCCGUUUAUGUGUAAAACUCCUUUCGACGGAGAUCCGCGUGACUGGCUUCUCUUUUCCUCGCGCUUCCAGGCUCUCGUUCAUGAUGUCAUUCCAAAUGACGCCCAGCGCUUAGCCAUUCUAACCGAGUGGGUAGGCCCUAAUGUUCUGCGCCGCAUCUCUCCGCUUUUGAGAGCGCCUCGAGGUUACCCGGCUGUUCUUUCCUACCUGAAGAAACACUACGGUUCGAGUGAGCAGAUCUCCCGCUGCCAAAUUCACGAUCUUUUGAGCCUCCCUAUCGUCAAACCAGGUGAUCGUCAGGCGCUGGAGCUGUUUUCCGAUCAGCUACAUGGAGCAGUCGUAAUAUUGGAGCAGGGAGGGCUGAAGCAUGAUUUAAAGAGUGCUGCCAACUUAGAACAAGCAGUUCAAAAGCUGCCACCUCUUUUUCGCCAUCGCUGGGCCCGCUAUGUGCGAAAACGUUUGCCAAGAGUUGUAGAUCUUGGCGAUCUCGAUCGGUUUCUGGAGGAGGUUGUCGAAGAAGAGAGGAUCGCCUUUGCGUCUGUCGAACUAGCGCCCAGGAUCGAGAUCCGUGGAAAGCGUGCCAACUUUGACCAUCCUAACCUCGAGAGAUACCCUUCUCCCAAGCUUUCAUUUCCAAAGCCACCACCCGUCCGUCCAUCUCCGACCGUUUUGUCUACCCAGGCAACUAGAGAAACUGACAUCGAGUGUCCGAGCUGCGGUGAGGCUCAUCGCUUAAGCAGCUGUGCGGAAUUUCGACGGAAGUCGCCGAACGAUCGAGCGUUGUUGGCGAAGGAAAAAGGUGUAUGUUUCAACUGCCUCGGAGGAAAACAUCGAAGUGCCGACUGUCGUUCGAAGCCGGCCUGUGAAUCGUCCGGAUGCCGUGCUCGCCAUCACUCGUUGCUGCAUGGUGCGGAAAGAGUUUUCCCUGAGAGGAGUGGACACCACCGUUUUCCACCUCCGAACGAAGAUUCGAGCGUCGUUCCAGGUCCGCAGACUUUCGCCAUUGCCGCCCGUUCAGCUUCAAACGUCCGUUUGGCCGUUGUUCCAGUCCGUCUUCGUGCUGGUGAUAGAACCCUCGACGUCUUCGCUCUACUGGACACCGGUAGCCAAGCUACUUAA